GCUUCUAGUAGAUAAAUGCCAGCGAGGCUGUCAGGUUUCUGCAUUCUUCUCCUGGCACAGGACCUCUCUGCAGCAUCUAAGAGCAGAUCUUGUGCUAGCACUAACAGCACCUCACUGGCUGGAAGACUGGUUUGCCUGGGGGAGAGGAGGAGGUUGAGUGCACAGAUGAAUAAAAAUUCUUCCAACAUAAUGGCUUUGGUUCCCAAAACAUCUAACAAAAGAGAGACUGUGUGUAUAUUUGGAACAGGAGAUUUUGGAAGAGCUCUGGGCCAUAAACUGAUUCAGUCUGGCUACCCCGUCGUAUUUGGAAGCCGGAACCCAUGGCCAUCCAGCCUGAUUCCCAAGGAUGCAGAGGUGCUGAGCCAUGCCGAGGCAGCACAGAAAGCUGCCAUCAUUAUUAUAGCAAUCCAGAGGCAACAUUACGACUUCCUUGCAUCACUAGAGGAAACACUCCACGGAAAAGUGUUGGUGGACAUAAGCAACAACUUAAAAAUAAACCAGUAUCCUGAAUCCAAUGCAAAGUACCUGGCUCAGCUGGUGCCCAGUGCUAGGGUUGUGAAAGCCUUUAACACUGUGUCAGCCUGGGCUCUGCAGUCGGGCACCCUGGAUGCAAGCCGGCAGGUGUUUGUCUGUGGAGAUGACACAGAAGCUAAACAAACAGUAAUGGAUAUUGUUCGCGCACUGGGACUCACACCAUUAGAUCAAGGAUCUCUCUUGGCUGCUCGGGAAAUAGAAAAUUACCCUCUACAGCUCUUUCCAAUGUGGAAGCUUCAUCUUUUGUCCCUUGGCCUAACCGCAUUCUUCUUCUUCUACUGUUUGGUUCGUGACGUAAUUUACCCUUGUGUUUAUGAAAAUAAGGAUUAUUCAUUUUUUCUUGCAAUUUCCAUUCCAAAUCGGAUCUGUCCUAUAAUGGCACUCAUCCUUCUUGCCUUGGUUUAUCUCCCUGGUGUACUUGCUGCAAUUAUUCAGUUAUACAGAGGUACCAAAUACAGCCGUUUCCCAGACUGGCUGGACAAAUGGAUGCUGUGUAGGAAACAGCUUGGACUAGUAGCCUUGGCAUUUGCUUCUCUGCACGUUAUUUAUACUCUCGUUAUCCCAAUUCGCUACUAUGUAAGAUGGAGAAUUGAGGACAGAACCAUCACACAGGCACUGAACAAUAAAACUACUGCAUUUGACAACACAAAUGGCUGGCUUAGUGACUCUUAUUUGGCUUUGGGGAUUUUAGGAUUCUUUUUAUUUGUUCUUCUUGGAAUAACUUCCUUGCCUUCCGUCAGCAACAAUGUCAACUGGAGAGAAUUUCGAUUUGUACAGUCCAAACUGGGAUAUCUGACAUUGAUUUUAUGCACCGCACACACACUGGUUUAUGGUGGAAAGUGGUUCCUAAGUCCAUCAUCAUACAGAUGGUAUCUUCCAAAUGCCUAUAUGCUCUCUCUCAUCAUUCCAUGCGUUGUACUGGUUGUCAAAUUUGUGCUCAUACUUCCUUGUCUAGACAAACAACUAACACGAAUUCGACAGGGCUGGGAGAGGAAUCCCCAAUACUCGGAACAGUCAAACUACAUUAUCAACAAGUCUGCUGUGUAAUUAGACUAACCUGUAUUGUUAAAAAGAAACAAAAUUGAAGGCAAAAUGAAGUCCCUAUCCUGCUUUACCUGGAGAGAGGAAAAAGUGAGAUGCCUGGGCAGGUUCUGACUGAAAUAAAGCAAUCCCAGUGACAAACUUAAAUUUUAAAUCAAAUGAGCCUCUUGAGAUCCUGCACCCCAGACAUGCUUUCACACAGGCCUUUUUCUUUUUCUCCCCUUGUUCACCCUCCAUUCCUGACAGGAGGAUGAGAGAAGCGUUCAAUGUAUCAGUCACUUGAAAUCUCCAGUGCUGGCCAGAAUCAGAGCAACCUCUCAUAUUAGAUGGUUUCUGCUCCUCUUCACUGUCCUGCCCACUGGUGCUCAGAUCUGCAUGCUCUUGCACACACGUACAUACAUUUAUAAACACCCUGUUUCCCUCUCUGAAGCCACCAGACUGUAGAGCGGGCACAGGACAAGCAUUAGCUGAAAGCUCUCAUCUUCCCAACAUUAGUUUGUCCCCCAGUAACAUCUGGUCAAAGAGAUCUAUAUUCAUGCCUUAGAAAUGGCUGAAUAAGAUUUCCUUGGUUUAUGCACUCUAAUGUUCAAAGAGCAUCUGCUGAAGAUGCUGAACCCUUGCUAUACUGCAGAAACUCAGGUGGCAAGGGGAUAGAGGAGAGACCAAAAUGUCAAAAAGACAUGAGAUGUGCUCACCAGCCUAAGCUUCUCUGCAAGUACAUGCACACAGUGGUUGGUAAAUCUGUGAAAGCAGUGAGCUUGUGUAAGAAAAGGAGCUGAUGGAAAACAUCGUUUUAUUAGGAGUUUAUACUGCAUGUCAUAAUUAUAUAUCACAAACAAUAGAUUGUUGAUUUUUCUGAAUUUUUUUGGAUGCAAUGUUAUAAAUAUUCUAUGAAAAUGCAUAUAUUCUAAUCUCAAUAAACAAAAUUCUUUGUA